AUGGAAAAGAGCCGUCACCCCCCUAGACGAAGAGGAUAUGGAGCGACAAAAGGAAACCUGAUCGGAGCGGAGUGCUCCCAAGAAGGAGAAGUGUCACUUUCCUCAGAGGUUUUGAUAAGUAGGAGAAAAGGCCGCAAAGAGGAGAGAGAGGAAAGAGAGCAAAAAGAAGAAGGACGAAGAGUACUAAUGGCUGGAGUAUUAGUAGCUCGUGCUGGAGAAGGCUAA